AAAAAUCAAUUACACAUAACAAACGAAACGGUAACGUACAAGGUCUGAUCGCGUUGUCACAGUUUCAUAGUCAAGGUGCGCACACAUUUCUCCGCCCCACCCCUCUUGGUCACACACUGACCAAGUUCUAUAAAACUGUACUGCAUUACAUUUAUUGACAUCAAUCAACACUUGAUUUUUACAAACCAACCACCAAAAUGUUCAGCAAAGUGAGUGUGAAACUAAAAUAAUUCGACGAAAUUAUAAACAGUGAUUUAUAUGUACACAUUAAACUAACUACAUAUUAUUUUUUUACAGAUCUUAGCUUUCAGCGCUAUGUUGGCUGCCGCCAAUGCCGGCUACUACGGCCAUGGCCACGCCGUGUCUUCCCAAAGCAUCAUCCGUCACGAUGAGCCCCUACACUACGCAGCUCCCGUAGCCCACUACGCUGCACCCAUUGCCCACUACGCCGCCCCCGUAGCUCACUACGCCACUCCCAUUGCUCACUACGCUGCUCCCGCUGCUCACUACGACGGUCACGACACCUAUGCUCACCCAAAAUACGACUACGCAUACUCUGUGUCGGACCCCCACACCGGUGACCACAAGUCCCAGCACGAGAGCCGCGACGGAGACUCCGUGCACGGAUACUACUCUCUGGCUCAACCUGACGGCUCCAUCCGCAAGGUCGAGUACACCGCUGAUGCCCACAACGGUUUCAACGCCGUGGUACACAACUCUGCUCCCUCCGUGCACCCCGCCCCCGUAUACGGACAUGCGUACCAUCAUUACUGAGAAUAUUCAACGAUUGAUCUUAUAACCUAUUUAUUAAGCUGUACAUACAAAGUAUAAUGUGUAAAUAAACAUGAUUUUUUACGUAA